UGCUGGUCCUCCGGCGGGAUGUGGCCAUUUGCGGAGCAGCGGAGGGUGGAGCCGGGGGCGGAGGCAGGCCAGAGUGGAAGCAGCUCCAGGCGCAGCUCUGACUGGGGCAGGUCGGCGGCGGUUGCCGCGGUGGUGACAAGAGAGUGGCCGGACCCCUACGACCCGGGGCGGAACUCUGCGAUCCAAGUGCUCGGCUCCCCAAGCGAGGUGGGCGGGCGGCUCGGGACCCUGGCCAGGGCCGGCAUGGAGCGGUGGCGUGACCGGCUGGCACUGGUGACGGGAGCCUCGGGGGGCGUCGGCGCGGCCGUGGCCCGAGCCCUGGUCCAGCAGGGACUGAAGGUGGUGGGUUGUGCCCGCACCGUGGGCAACAUCGAGGAGCUGGCUGCCGAAUGUAAGAGUGCAGGCUACCCCGGGACUUUGAUCCCCUACAGAUGUGACCUGUCAAAUGAGGAGGACAUCCUCUCCAUGUUCUCGGCGGUCCGCUCUCAGCACAGCGGUGUGGACAUCUGUAUCAACAACGCUGGCUUGGCCCGGCCUGACACCCUGCUCUCAGGCAGCACCAGCGGCUGGAAGGACAUGUUCAAUGUGAACGUGCUGGGCCUCAGCAUCUGCACACGGGAAGCCUACCAGUCUAUGAGGGAGCGGAAGGUGGAUGACGGGCACAUCAUUAACAUCAACAGCAUGUCUGGCCACCAAGUGCCACCCCAGUCCGUGGCCCAUUUCUACAGUGCUACCAAGUACGCCGUCACUGCGCUGACAGAGGGGCUGAGGCAAGAGCUUCGGGAGGCCCAGACCCACAUCCGAGCCACGGCCUGGCCUCUGACUGGGGCUCAGCUCCUGAGCAGGCUGUCUCUGUUGGCCCAGUGCAUCUCUCCAGGAGUGGUGGAGACACAAUUCGCCUUCAAACUCCAUGACAAGGACCCUGAGAAGGCAGCUGCCACCUAUGAACACAUGAAGUGUCUCAAACCUGAGGAUGUGGCCAAGGCUGUCAUCUAUGUCCUCAGCACCCCGCCACACGUCCAGAUCGGAGACAUCCAGAUGAGGCCCACGGAGCAGGUGACCUAGUUUCCUGUGGGGAGCUCCUCCUUCCCUCCCUGCCCCUCAAGGCUUGGCACCUGCCUCUGGAUUUGGGGUGUUGAUUUCUGGACCCUUGGAUUCCACUUCCUUUCCCCACCCCCACCAGGGGCUGGAAAACUUGCUUGAGGUUUCAUAUAAUCUUGUCAAAUUGUUUCCACCGAAUUUGAAAAAUGGGCAGGGGAGAGGAGGUGGUGUCCCUGAUUGUUUUACCUGCGGAUUCAUUCUUGGUCUCCGCUUUGGGCUCCUUGGCCUUUGUUUGCUGUCCUUGGUCUCUUCCCUUUGACCUGGGAAAGGGACUGUGGCCAAAAGUGGGGCUUUCCCCUAUCUUCUUGCACCCCACCCCUGUCCCUUCAGGAUGAGGAGGCAGAGGGAAGCCCUCACCUUCCAUCUGAAUGGCUUUCGGGGCUCUGGGCUUCCUCCUUUCCCUGCAUCCCACCCCCCACCCCAUCUAUUCCCCGUCCCAGUUCUCCAGCCCCACUGUGGCUUCUCAGCCCCCGGUGGGGUCCUCACUCCACUCUAUGGCAGCAGAGUACCAGGGCCUGCCUCCCAUGUGGGUUUCACUGUGAUCAUUAAAAAGGAAAAAC